AAGCGGGAAAGAUAGUUGUUAUUAAACUGGCGUAAAAAUGGAAACUCCUUCGGGACGUGGUGCACGGCCCACACGCACCGCUACACCGCGCCUCUCUGAGCGCAAGAAGCAAUUGUUUCGCAGCCGCAGCUCCAUGUUGGACCAAAUAGAUGACGACUGUGACGUCGAGGACCCUUUGUUGGGUAUAGCACCCCUAAAGCCAAGGCGCCAAAGUCUGUCCAUUACAGCAGCCGAGAAGCCAUCUAAUGUUCGUAAUCUGUUCGACAAUAUUGCUGGUGGAGAUGUCCGCAGCUUGCGAUUGCGCACCAGCACCAGCAGCUCACCGGAGACUAAUAAGGAAAAUAAAAGCGCUCAGAAGACACGUGGCUCUGGCCUAUCAUUGGGCACGGAGGAGCAGUUGCCACAUUUGUUUACCAAAACCAUGCGUAUAAAUAGCAAUAGCAGUACCAGCCAAAGCCACAACUCUAGUCCACGCACGCCGAAAUCACGAGAACACUUCGACGAUACGAGCACGGACAUGGAUGACUCGCCCACUGAUCAAGACCGCAGAGCAGCUAAAAGAGUGCACAAGAUGUCGGAUAUAAUAAUAAUCGAUUCCUCACCUGAAUCCGGAUCAACGCCACCGCAGAGCAAGGUGCGCAAGACGCACAAAGAGUGCAUAUCGACAAUGUCCUUUUAUUCACAUUCUGCCAAUCCUAAUGUUGCUUUGCGAAGAUCAGGUCCAAACCCUUCGGGAUUAGCACUUCAGCAGCAACAUCGCGUCGGAAAGGCAAAAGUUACUUCGCCCAGCUCCCGUCCUAGGUUGGGUAUUAAUAAGGGCGUUCGCCACAACAUACGCAAGCCCCAGCGCACUUCUGCGUCCCUCAAUUUGGAUGACAUUUUAGGCUCUUUGCGAAAUGAAAAGUUACGCCGGCUGAUUACCACGGGGCGUGAGGAUCGCGCAAAGGUAGAGGAGGUCCACCAAAUACUUCGCAGUGCCAAAGAUCCCAUCAAGAUGGCCAAGCCCCUUCGCGGAUUGGCUCUUGAUGACGCCAACAACAACAACAACAAGGCUCCCUCAGCACUAUCUCUAUCUCCCACAACACUCGACUUUUCAGAUUUAAGCGACGAAGAAGAAGUCCGUCCUACAAAAGACCUACCCUCUAAUAUGGAGCUGGAACCGGUCAUACCAUUGAUACGACAUACUGAUGAAACAUCCCCAAAGACCGACCCGCCCACUAAUCGGAAGUUCUUUAAAUCCGGCCGACGUAGCAGCACCUGUAUGGAAGUGCGCAUCACGGACAAUAUACGGGCUAGUGUUAGUCAGGGAAAGAUCUCAUUAGUAGAGGAACCACCAAAAAAGCACCGGCAAGUGCGUGUCAAAUCGUCGACAAUAUUUUCCGCGGAGCAGGCAACCGUGGAUGCGAUACUACGUAAUCUAGAUGAUACCAUUGUGGAUGAAAUUGUUGAAUCGGAAGCGCCUAAGAAAGAGGAGCAUGCAUUGCUGCCGGAUCCCUAUGAAAAGUACCGCCAACAAAUACCAUACCAGACUGACGAUCCGGCAAUUAUCGAACAGCAGGCCCUGUUGCUUGAGUUUCUAAUAAGCAAUAACAUAUGCACAGAUAGAAACUUUGAAAUAUUUAUAGCAGAUCCAGAUAACCACAAGGAAGAAGCCACCAGCAUUGUAGAUAAUCUGUACAUGGUAGUCUAUGCGGGGCAGCAAGCACUGGCAAAAUCUGACGGCGACAAAGCAAUUGCACCGGAAGUACCUGAGAGCGACAACGCUCAAGCGCUUAAGGAACCAGUUGACAGCUCGGCGACUAAUGCAGCGUCCAUUGAGUCGCAAGUCAAAUUGUUUCCCAUUUUCACACAACGCCUGCAGCCGGUGCAGCAAAAGUCUUCGCGCCGCAAGUUGGAUGUUUCGGCACGCUUAAUGGCUGCUGCCACUGGCUCCAAUCAGUAUCAAAUCGAUGCUGGCCAAAAGGCCUUUGGAGCCCGGCAGUGUCAGCAGUGUGGAUUAGUUUACACCGUCCAUGAGCCCGAGGAGGAGCAGCUUCAUCGAGAAUAUCAUGAUUCUGUACAUGUGCUACGUUUUAAGGGCUGGAUAGACGAGGAUAUUGUGGCUGUGUGUCCGGACUGGGCGGCAGAUGGGCGGAUUAUACGAUUGAAUGAACACGCACCAUCUAUACGCCUGCAGCGGCUAACAGAGGUGAUCAGGGUGGUGGACAAGGAACUGGGCUACUCCUCGUACAUUGUACCAAAAACGUUUGUCGCCUACUUUGCUGUCCGAAAGCAGCAAAUUGUGGGCCUAUGCCUUGUGCAGCCGUUGACGCAGGCGCAUCGUUUCAUCCAUGUCGAUGGAACCGACUACUUCAGCGAGGAGACAUUCGAGGCUAGCUGCGGCGUGUCUCGGAUUUGGGUCUCACCACUGCAACGUCGUAGGGGAAUUGCUAGUAAAUUACUGCGCGCUGUGCAAUCUCACACCAUGUUGGGCAUUGAAAUAUCCCGGGAUCGCAUUGCCUUUAGUACGCCGACAGACGAAGGACGUGCUCUGGCGCGUCAAUUUACGCAAAAUGAGAAUUUUCUGACCUAUGACAAAUAGGAAAUCUAGGAAGUUGGCUAUUGAAUAGCUGACCAGUGAACUUUUGUUAAAUACCCUUUGCUACAAAUCCUUAUUUUUUUAGUUAUUAAGCAUAAAAGAUUGUUUUAAACUGAGAUUGUGUUACAUUUAAAGA